CAAUUAGGUCGUGUUCGUUAUGGGACAAGCUUAACAUUACACAAUGGAAAAUGAAAAUAAGCCAUUCUUAUUUGGACUGGUCCAGGUAGUUCCUCCCUGUUUUACUCAGAUGAAAACUGUUUUGUGCCUAAUGGACACAACUGUGGUUAAUCAUUCACCUGGGCAUGAUACAGUAUUGUAUAAUUGGCUCAAACAAAAAAAGUAGCUACCUCUAGUCUACCACUCCCAAACAGUAUGAGUUUUGUGAGUGUAUGAAUGCAGACCAUGCAUGUUGAGGUGUGGUACUCCGUUCUCGUCAUACUCCUUAUGGGGCAUGGGGGCGGCGGACAAAAGACAGAGCCCCGCUUAGGCCUGAAGGACCACAACCUGUUCCGAGGGUCCGAUCGAUAUGCCUUUGCCAUCGUGGUGCCAGCCUCGGGGCUAGAGUGCUUUUGGCACUUUGCACACCAGAGUGGGAACUUCUACCUAACCUACAUGGUCCAGUGGGUGACAGGACUAGCCAGUGACAACCAUCUUUACGUGACCGUCAUUUCCCCAGAAGGGGCCCUCAUGGCCUCAACAGACGACACCAUUGGAGAAAUCAACUUCCAAACUGAAGUGACCGGUUUUUAUCAGAUGUGCUUGGGGAACUAUAAGAACCACUUUGGUGGCGUCCGAGUCUUUCUCAACUUCGGUGUGUACUAUGAGGGUGCUGAGGAGAUGCAGCGAGAGACAAAGGAAGGAGAACAAGUCCUCAACAAUACUCUGUCCAACAUUGAGGAGAGUACCAACAAGAUACAAGGUCAAAUUUUACACAUGUGGCGGCACUACAACUACGCUCGCAUGAGGAGAGGUGCUGACCAUUACCUUCUCCUCUUCAACCACAACUACGUCACCUGGUGGUCUGCGGUACAGAGUGUGGUCAUCAUCAUGGUGGGCUACCUGCAGCUUUUCUUCCUCAAGAGGCUUUUCCACACAGACACCCAUAGACCCCGCUGUUGAUGAAGGAUGGCUCGUAAAAUGUCACACACUGCUUGUGUUGCUUUGUGGAUCGUGUUUGUUCAACGUUAAAGGGAUAGUUCCUCCAAAUGACAAAACAUACAUAUUUUUUUGUUGCUUACCUGGUAAGCAGGCUUUGGACAAGGAGAGAUUGCAAGCUAUGCGUUGGUUUUGUUGAUCUGGCUUUUCUGUCCCAAAAAAAUCCCAUGCAAGUCAUUAUCACCCAAGUUAGCAUGUUUUACAUUUCCUGCACAAAUCCCCCCCCCCCAAAAAAAUCCAAUGAGCUAUGAUUUCAAACACUAUGGGGUGAUGAAUAGCCAUAAUAUACCUGUGCAAAGGCCAUGUUCACAACCUCUCUUUUCAAGAUGGCAGCAAUUUAGUAUAUAUAAAAAAUUUAAUUAAAUAAAAAAUGCACACUUGGAAAGACAACUAUUCAAGGUCCGUUGUCUUUCCAAUUGUGCAGUUUUUCAUAGGUCUUGGAGCCAGUCGUGUCAAGACAGGGACCUCUACACUGAUUAGAGUUGUUUUAGGAACUCCAGCAUGCACUAUUCCUAUUCCACAUUCUCAAUUGAAUAUGUAGCAAAGUCAAGUUACACUUGAAGUAUACUUUAAUCUCCAAGUGUAACUUGACUUUCCCUGGGCUACAUAUUCAGACCAGCAAUGUGUGUUUGACUAGACUUAUGAAACUUCUAUAGAAUUGUUGUCAUUUCUAGCAGGACAACAAUUGAUCCCCCCCCCCCACACACAA